CAAAGGCCACUGCACUGGCGAACACUCUGACUCUGAUUGCUGAUUCUUGCUUGCUUUCGCUUUGCACAUCCUUUGCCCAAAUGUUACGCUCCUAGACUCGGUCAGAGGGCGCAAUGACUUGUUUGUGUGGGCGCGAUAUACGCAGGGAGAGGUCGGGACUGUUUUCAUAGCCAUUCACAUCCAAGGAAGGUCACACAAAGCCAGUGAUUGAUGGCUGUGUGAAUGCGCAUAUGCGCGUGUGCACUCCUCAAGUGCGGAUUUUCCGUGUGUAGAUCUACGCUUUGGGGCAUUGGUGAGAUGGGAGCGUCAUGAAAGAUUAGAAAAUUUCUGCUGCAUGCUGAUUGAGCACUGAAGCUGCUGAGCGGGCUCGCCGAUCUGCUUUGACAAAUGUCUGUCGACGGUAUUCACGAAACGUAGUUUUCUUGGUUGUGUUUACGCACACUUCCUCAUUGUGAGGAGAAAGAGAUAUUUUCCUCCUCUGUCUUCCCGCCUCCGGCAAGCGGACGUUGGUGUCCGAGCGCUUACUGUCCGCCAUGCGCCCCACCAGCCGGUGUUCAGACAGGGGAGUGGCGCUAUUCGGCUCUGCAUCAGACCUUUUCCUGCUGGUCAUCCUCAUCAGCGCAACAUUUAUUGACAGCAGCAAUGGAAGCAGCAGGCUGUUGCAGCGACGGGCCACAGUGCAACAGGCAAGAUGCGUUUCUGCAUGUCUUGGAGAGAUAAAAGUAACCGGUACCCAGUCAGUGGAGCAGGUUUGCAAUGCUAACCAAACCUGCAUUAUGUGCACGGCUUUUUGCCUGGAGGAUGGAACGCGCUUUCGCCUCACUGAUCAAACCACAUGCUUGGGAGAAUGUGGGACUGCAGCGUUUUGUACGGUUGCCUGUUCGUUCUUCUCUUCUUCGGACAUGCCGCGAGAUGCUCUCCAGCGCUCUCCGCACACCAGAUGGAACAUCACCGGUCAACGGAUCUCCAUGACCUGGCAGACACCGUUUCAAAUUGCGACAGAUACGUAUCUGGUGUGCAUAUCGAGCAGUGUACCAUGCGACAGUACCUUCACCAGCAUGGUCUACCUGUUGGCUAUCGGCGAGUUCAGUGCGGAAGUGCCGGCGAAUUCAGCAUCUCUCGGCCAGCAAGUGCACAUAGCACAGGUCUCCGCUGCAGGCACUUCAGGUUUCAGUCCAGCAUCUGUUCUUCUUCCAGGCCCGGUCUCAGACAUCAUGGUGAGCAAAACGUUCUACAGCGCACUUGACAGGAGGACCUUUGUUAACAUUUCAUGGAGCUCAGAUGAAGAUGACGGCUACACGGCUGCUCGUCAGUACAGUGUUGUUGUGGAACACGAGGACACGUCCAUCCCACGUGGAAACGAUGCAUGCACACGCUAUAUAAGACGCCAUACGAUAACAGAUUUCGUCAUUAUUGAAAUGCUUGGCGGUGGAUUAGACUUUGAUUGUGACUAUGAUAUCAUGAUCACACCAAUGUUGCCAAAUGGUGAAGCCGUAAAUGGCAGCACCACCAUCCUGGAGGACCAUUAUAUCCGAGGAAAUGUGAGGCCGCCACCUGAUGAAAGCAAGCGGUUAUGUCUGUUCUAUAACAUCCGCCACGAUCUCAACGUGACCAUUUCGGCCGGACCCGUUGGCAGUCGAGGCAUAUCGAUCAAGUGGGGCUGGUGGAGCUUUAAUCAGACCUUGCCCGUGUAUGACUUUGUCUCCUCUCUGGGUCAGUUCACUGUCGGACUGUUUGAUCUGAGCUACAGUCAAGCGGCUCCCAGGGUUUUGAUACCCUCCUUGGAUCCUAUCAGGGUUGACUCAGAGAACUCUCUCACAACGGACAUCAAUGUGGAUAUUACCGCAGGCAACACAUAUAUAGCCUAUGUAACCUUCCAUCUGUUCACAUCGGAUCCAGUCCCACAAACCGGCCGAUACCAAGAUGUAUGCACCUCACCCAAUACCAUUCUCCAGACAGCAGUGGAAGAACCACCUCGUACAACAUCUACAGUGUCCACCCUAACCCGACCAGACACAGGUGAAACCACUCCUGGCGUGGCCGAGAAGGGUUCUGAAUCUCUUCUGAUCACCGUGGUUGUGCCGGCUGUUGCUUCCCUGGCCGUCAUACUCAUAAUCGCCAUCGUUGCCUGCGUGCACUGCAACAAGCAGCAAAAACUCUCACCGAAUCAUAUGAGUCCCGUAUCGAACGGUACCCUGGUCAGCAUGGCGAUUAGUGACAUCACCGCCUCGACGGACAUCGGCAAUAGUUCCAUCGCUCUCGACGGGCCUUCGGAUAUCGUCAGGCCUAUCCCCGACAUCUGGGAGGUGCCGCGUAAGAGUGUACACCUCCUGGAUCAGCUUGGACGUGGUGCAUUUGGUCAGGUGAUCCGCGCUCAGCUAGACAAUCCCCCUCGAUUAGGAGUGGACAGGUGUGAGGUAGCAGUCAAGAAACUCUUCGACACUGCCAAUAGCUAUGACAAGAGCGACUUGCUGGAUGAGAUCAGCCGCAUGAAGGACAUUGCAUCUGCUGGUGGGCAUCGGCAUCUUGUCAGAUUCGUCGCUUGCUGCACUCAGGACGACCCCAUUUACUUGAUGUCCGAAUGCAUAGCGCACGGCAGUCUCAAGGACCUUCUGCAGCGAACCAGACAAGCGAUUCCGAAUGAUCCUACACUAAGUGGACUGGAGGCGCAGGGAAAGCCGAGGAUAGCGCUGGCAGAUGGUCAAAUUCAUCCGGCCGAAGCAUGUGACUUUGCUCGGCAAAUUGCUGAAGGCAUGGCUUUCCUAACCCACAUGCGCAUGAUUCACCGUGACCUGGCCACACGGAACAUCUUGGUGGACAGGGGAAAGGUGCUGAAAGUGUCAGACUUCGGCAUGACUCGAGAUGUCUAUGAAGAUCCAGAUGAGGUCUACAUCAAGACGACAGGAGGGAAAGUCCCCAUUAGAUGGAUGUCCAUCGAGGCGCUCACACUCAGAACGUAUUCCUCGGAGAGUGACAUGUGGGCAUUCGGAGUGGUGCUCUGGGAGAUAGCUACACUAGCAAAAUUCCCCUACAGCGGCAUACAGAAUCGUGAGCUGAUCAGUGAGCUUCGCGGCGGAAUGCGCAUGGAGAAGCCACGUGGAUGUCCUGAUGAAACGUAUGAGAUUAUGUUACAGUGCUGGAACGAAGACCCGGACCGUAGACCUCGCUUCUCCGAGCUCGUCACGGUGUUUGAGGACCUGCCCCAGAAGCUGGAUCUGAAGAAGAAAUCGCGGCGGCCCUCGUUGCGUUCGCUGCGGCGGCCGUACGCGUUCCCGCGGAUCACCGCAAACCUGAAGACCGGGAAGAUGCAGGCACCGCAGGCACCUGCAGCACCGGCUCCCAUCCGCCCGGGUCAAUCCUCCGUGCAGCAAUCAUCACCAGUCCCGACGAGAGUGAAUACCAACUUCCAACCCAACACAGUCGAAGCCAUAUAAGGAAAGUGUGGAGGAGCCCCUGAAAAGAUCUUUGUCGUUGCCGUCCAGUUUUUGCACUGCGAACAACCUUGAAAUUUCGCUACGUUGUGUCCAAUUUACGUAUAAAUUUAUGGAGCAUGACAACUUCUAAAUCCAUGUUUGAUAUAACCAUCAGUCUAUGAAGCAGUAUUCCCUACUUUCCCUCUUCCAGAUUAUUCUAAAUUCUUAUCCAGAAAUAUUCUGUCAUCAACACUGUGGCAUGGUUGCCUCAACUCAGAGAUCGAUCCAGCUAUGAAUUAUUAAUUUUAGAAUUGUUUCUAUCGCUUUGCGCACUGUUGAAAUGGUGCGGCUAGCCCUCCCUGUAUGUUUGUAAGGCCUAGGCAUAGACAAGUAUGGUGCAGUUGAACUGUUCAGUCAUUACAGUAGAUGGUUGGUUACGACCUGAGGCAAUUCUCAGGUUGCCAGCUUCCGAGACAAUACGGAUUAGUUUUGAUAUCUUGAGAAUGUUCUGUAUUUCCCCAUAGUUUUAUUGCAACCGGAUGACAAGAUGCGAGAAUUGCAUACACCUA